UGCCGCGUGUGCAGACCUGCAGCAGCAGCAGAGCAGUUAAAAGCUCAGACUUUGGCUUGCUGCGUGAGUUUGUUUUCUCGGACACUUUCUCGGAUCAGAUUUUUUAGGAUUCACUCACACACGACAUGAAGAGCGGCUGGGUUUCACUCUGCGGGCUCCUUGCUGCACUUUGCGCUGCCCAGGCGACCUACACACACUUCAUUCGUUGUGACUGCAAUGGUAGAUCUCGGUACUGCCUUCGGGACGCCGUGGGCCUGCACUGUGUCGACUGCCAGGGAAACACUGAAGGCCGCCACUGCGAGCGCUGCAAGGCCGGCUUCCACCUGGCAGGGGCGCCACUGAGCUGCACGCCCUGCCUCUGCAACCCAACAGGUUCUGUUGCUGCCACAUGUGACAGCAGGGGGCGCUGCAGCUGUAAAGAAGGCGUCACCGGAGAGAAAUGCGACCGCUGCCCAGACGGACCGAUCGGACCCGACGGCUGCUCGCAAAGACGCCAGACCAGAGAGGAUUCUGGGAGUCGGCCCUGUUUCUGUUAUGGUCACAGCAGCCAGUGUUCGUCACAGUCCGGUUACUCCGUCCACAGCAUCACCUCCACCUUCACCAACGGUCCGGACGGCUGGAAGGCGGCGACUGAUCAGGGCGUUACCCCUGACGACGUCCACUUCCGCUGGUCACCGAGCCACCAGGACCUGGAGGUGAUCUCCAAAAACAGCCUGCCGGUCUACCUGUACGCUCCAGCUCCGUACCUGGGGAAUCAGCUGCUGAGUUUCGGUCAGAACUUUUCCUUCUCUCUGCGUCUGGACCGCGGCGUUCGUCACCCGUCCACCAGCGACGUGAUUCUGGAAGGCGGUGGCCUCCGAGUGUCCGCCUCGCUGGGAGAGCUGCGAUCCAUCCUCCCCUGUGGACAGAAGAUCAGCUACAGCUUCAGACUGGACGAGGGUCCCGGCAGCCAGUGGAGGCCUCAGCUUUCCUCCUCUCAGUUCCAGACACUUCUCCAGAAUCUCACCGCCAUCAAGAUCCGGGCAACGUUUGGCCAAGAUGGCCGUGGUUAUCUUGACAACGUGCAGCUGGUGUCGGCGCGGCGUGGGGGCGCCGGCAUCCCGGCCGGCUGGGUUCAGACCUGCCGCUGCCCGUCCGGUUACGAGGGCGAGUUCUGCGAGCAGUGCUCGGCGGGCUUCAGACGGCAGACGCCGGCCCACGGCGCCUUCAGCGUCUGCGAGCGCUGCAACUGCAGAGGAGGAAGCUGCGACCCGCAGACCGGAGACUGUUACUCCGGAGACGAGACUCCCGGGGAGCAGAGCUGCGCCGAAGGUUUUUACCGUGACCCCUGGCGGCCCCGCAGCUGCGUGAAGUGUCCCUGUCCGGACGGAGAGUCCUGCUCGAUUGCUGCCGGCUCUCUGGAGCCACGAUGUGACCGCUGCCCAACCGGAGCCACCGGUCCUCGCUGUGACGUGUGUCAGGAGGGUUACCAUGGAAACCCAUCAGGAAGUGGCGGCGUGCAGCGGCCCUGCCGGCCCUGCCGCUGUAACGGCCACAUUGACCUCAGCGUGGCGGGAAGCUGCGACCGACGCAGCGGAGAAUGUCUCAAGUGUCGGAACAACACAGCGGGGCGGAGCUGCGAGGAGUGUAAGCCAGGUUUCUACCACGGAAACGCCGCAGACGCCUGCAAACCGUGCAGCUGUGACGUUCUGGGCUCUGAGUCCAGACAGUGUGAUUAUGCGGGUCGCUGCCGGUGCAGACCGGGCUUCGAGGGUCUGAAGUGCCAGAGGUCCAACUGUCCCGCCUGUUUCAGCCCCAUCAAGAGAAAGAUGGAGGAGUACGCUGCCAAACUGAAGGAGUUGGAGAUUCUGUUCUCCGACAUGGACAGAGGUUUAAAACCAGCCGACAGCGCUGAGAUGGAGGCGGCUCUGAGAGCAACCCAGGAGCUGGUGGACCAGCUGCAGUAUGAUGUUGAGGUGCUCACAGGAUCAGAGAAGAUCCUGCAGGGCCGCCUGUCGUCCAUCAGCAGGAGUCAGCUGGCCGAGGAGCAGGACAUCCAGAACAUCGCCGACACAGCGGACGCCAUCAAACGCCGACAGCAGACAUACAAGGCGAAGGUGGCGGAGGUUCAGAGUCUGAUGGAGGAGAUGAGACGCGAACUAAACGAGGCCAAGGCCCAACUCAGAUCAGCCGAGAUUCCUCUCGGAGAUGCUCCGCUGAGUUCAAACCUGCUCUCUUCUCUGGUGCAGACAGCUACCAGUCUGGCUGAAAAGCAUGAGACGAAGGCAGACGCCGUGGAGCGAAGAGCCAACGAAGCUCUGAGUGACUCCGAGAAGAGUCUGGCCCUGGUCCGAACUCUCAUGAACAGAGAGAACAAAGUCAAAGAGCUGAUCGGAGAUCUGAAAACCAUGUAUGAUAAGAAUUCAGCCGCGGUGAAGGGUUUGGAGAACCAGGCCACCCGGCUGAGCACUGAGGCCGGAGACGAGAGCAGGAUGGCCGACGGCAUGCUGAAAGACAUCGCCAACAUGGAGCGAAGCGUCCCGACAUCCCUGAAGGGGCAGGUGGACGCCCUGGUUUCCAGGUUGGAUGACGUGAAGAAGUCGGUUGUUGCAGAUAUCUCCGGCAUCGGGGCGCUGCAGGACGGCGUGCAGCGAGACAAGGCCGCCACCGAGGAACUGCUGGCCAAGGGCAAGACCGCCCAAAAGGAGUUCGACGACCUGUCCCACAGAGUGGACAUCGCCAAGGUGGACACAGAGGACGCUCUGAGACGCAUCAACAGCAACACCAACGAGCUGGACGAUGCCCUGAGCACCCUGAAAGGGUUCGACCAGCAGAUCGACGGAGGUAAAGCUCUGGCCGACACCGCCAUCAGGCGUCUCCCCGGCAUCAGCGGCGUCAUCCAGCGGGCCGUGGACAGCAACGCCGAGACGAUCUCCGUCCUGGGAGACGUCUCUGGAGGUUACAACGCAGCGCUGGGAACCAUCAACGUGCUGGAGAACCUGGUCAAUGGUCUGGAGGGAACAACCGGAUCUUUGCCGCCUCAUGGCGAUCUGCUGAAGGAUGCCACCAAACUGAACAACGAUGUAAAGGAUCUGAAGACAGCGGCAACAGACACAGCUGCAGACCUGGCCUCCCAGCUGGACUCUGGCAGGACACUGGAGGCCGACGCCGAGCAGGCGGCGCUUGGAGCGACGGGAGCUUUCAACAACGCCAAACAGACCCGAGACGCUGUGGGAAAAACACUGCGAGACAUCAGCAGUCUGCUGGCUAACAUGAACCAGAACGGCGGCGCUGUGGAUGAGAAGCUGCUGAAGCAGCUGGAGGACUCUGUGGCAGGCGCUCAGAGGGAUGCGGAGGGCCGUCUGAGGCCCCGCCUCCGGGACAUGGAGGCGCAGGAGGCGGCCUAUCGCCGCCGGCUGGCCAACAUGGACCAGGACAUCACCAUGAUCCUGGCAGACAUCGCUAACCUAGAGGACAUCCUGCGGGCCAUCCCCAGGGGCUGCUUCAACAGCCCGCCAAUCGAGGAGGCCUGAGGGCCAACAAUAGAAGUACCUGUAUGAUUGGGCAUCCAGAAUGGUUCCAAAUUGUUAAAAAAAUUAUGAUUAUACAGCUCAACAGUGACCACCCACUUCUUUAUGGGCUCUGGUUCCGGAAGUGUUUUCCCCCCGUUCAUAUACCUCCAUUGAUGUUUCACUAAUGGGAGCGUGCCUAUGUUCCCACAUUUAUAAGAAUAUUUUUUUUCACUGAAAAUUAGGCC